AUGCAGAUAUUUGUGAAGACCCUCACAGGAAAAACGAUUACCCUAGAAGUCGAGUCCUCCGACACGAUAGAAAACGUGAAGGCAAAAAUACAGGACAAAGAAGGAAUACCCCCCGACCAGCAAAGGCUUAUUUUUGCAGGAAAGCAGCUGGAAGACGGAAGGACGCUGUCCGACUACAACAUCCAGAAGGAAAGCACCAUCCAUUUAGUGCUCAGGCUGAGAGGCGGGGUGUAA